CAUCCGGGUCCUCUCAUUCCCAGAAUAAAUGAAAAUGAAGUGUUAUUUAGGAUUAGUGUUUAUAGCAAACACUGUACAUGCUUUGAUCUCAAUAGAAGCCCAAAACACUACCAUAGAAUAUGGAAGAACAAAUAUAGACAUAAACUGUGUAGUUAAUGGAACGUCCUUAACCAAGGUUAUCGCUAUCCAGAUGAGGCGAUCCGACACAGACAUAGUAGCCGUUGUAAUGGAUAAAGGUAUCUCAUGGCAGGACAGAGAACUACAGAACCGGGACGGCGUAUCCGUUAAUGCUUCCAUAAGUGACGUCACGACAUCUUAUUUUCGAUUGGUGAUAUUGAAAUCAGCCGUCAGAUAUCCUUCUGAUAUGGGUAGUUAUCGGUGCUCUCUAAGUGCACAUGGUGAUAAAUUUUCCUUGAAGGCCAGCAAAUCUCCAAGUGUGUUCCUGAAUAUUACAGGCUUUGAAGAGACUGUCACAAAUGAAGGAUGCGUAUUGAUUAAAAAUGUCCAAGAUAAAAGUUGUUUAUCCUUGAAAGUGUGUACACUAUUUUUAUAA